GGGGUGCUGUGAGGAGAGUGGGGCUCAGUGUGACCAGGCAGAGGCCAGUGUUGCAGCCAGGCAGGCAGUGGAGAGAGUGUUGCAGGCAGAAACGUGCCCAGGGUGGAUAAACCAUGCUCACUAAGAGUGAGAAAGACUCUGCCCAGGACACAAGAUGAAGGCGGAGAGGAAGACCUCCUCUAAAUGCGACAGUUUUACUGACAUUCCUCCUCUACUGACGCUCUUUGGCCUCCUCCUACUUCUUCUGUUCACAGGUGAGGUGUCAGGAGUGAACGUGACCACCCAAACCCAGCUGGUGCGGGGCACGGUGGGCAGAGAGGCCCUCUUGUCAGUCAGCUAUUCCAGCAGCAGCUCCGACAAACCUGUGAUCAAGUGGCAGAUAAGGAGGGACAAGGAGAAGCCGAUCACAGUUGUGCAGUCCAUAGGGACUGACAUCAUAGGGAACCUGAGGCCAGAGUACCGUAACCGUAUCCUGGUGUUUGAGAAUGGCUCACUGCUGCUCCACAACCUGCAGCUGUCGGACGAAGGGGCGUACGAGGUGGAGAUCUCCAUCACAGAUGACACCUUCACCGGAGAGCACUACAUCGAGCUGACUGUCGAUGUCCCUGUGUCCAAGCCUUACAUCCAGAUGAUGGCCUCGUCCGUCCUGGAGUACAACGAGUACUUUAACCUCCACUGUUCCCACGAUAACGGCACAAAACCCAUCUACAGUUGGUUGAAAGGAGGCAAGGUGCUGAGCAAUGACACACGCCUGCUGCUUUCACACAACCAAAAGGUGCUGACCAUCGCUCGUGUUCUGAUGUCAGAUGAUGACGUUUAUGCCUGCCUCGUGGAGAACCCCAUAAGCAGCAUGAAGAGCGUACCUGUCAAGCUCACUGUCUACAGACGGAGCUCUCUAUACAUCAUCCUGUCCACUGGCGGCAUAUUCCUCCUGAUCACCCUGGUGACCGUGUGUGCCUGUUGGAAACCAUCCAAAAAGAAGCAUCGACCUGUCCCCCAAAGAGCUCCUGUGUAUAUGGAGCAGAGUGAUAAUGGCCAUGACAUUGAUGUUGUUCCUAAACCGUCUACACUCGGCAGAAGGAGCCCAAUGCCUCUGUAUGUACUCAACGAAGAUGAGGCUUUGGAGCAUUUGGAAGAAUGUUCUAGCAAUGCUGUCAGCCAUUCAGAAUUGAGUAUCCCUGCUACUUACGCUCCAGUCCUUCCCCCAUCCUCCAACAGAACUGACCGGCCUGUCUGGUCUGCCCCACGCAGAUAUCCCCGCAGCCCUUCUCCACUGGCACAGCCUCUCCCACAGCCACUCCCAGGUCCUCCUCUGCGUCCUGUCCGCUCACCUGCCCAAUCCCCCAGUUCAUCUCCACGCAGUUUCAGCCCAAUAAGAAAAGUCCGUCCUCCUGUAGGUAUCCCAACAAGUCAGCUGCCUGUAGAGGCAGAGUGUCCUGACCCAAUUGAUCAGACUCACUGUCCAUCACAGCAGUGACAACUGCUUGGAUGUAAGUUUUGUAUUCUGUAAAAUGUAAAGCACAUGUAUAGUUUAUUGGUAUUCUCUUGCAUCCUGCCACUGAAAUAUGGGAUUUGAUGCACUAGGAUUAAAGAUGAGUUCACUUUUAGCUAACUCUUUAUCUUUAUAUUUCAUUAUUUAUCAUGUAUUUCUCUACGGCUAUGCACAAUUCGUUUGAUGUCUGACGAUAUCCUUACAUGUAACAUGUGAUAUUCUUUUAAACAGAGUUUAGUAUAGAAUGAAUGUGAUGCUAAGAAAGUAAAGAUGUCCAAUUCUGGUAUAUAUUUUGCCACUUCAUGAAUCAUAAAUAUUACCGAGAACUUUUGAUAAGAACCUGUACAUAUGUAAGUAAAAAGUUUAGGGUCUGAUGUCUUUUUCCUUUUUUUGUUUUCUUUAUCCUUUCCUUUUUGUUCUCCUGUAAACAAUUAAACCACUUUUUUUUUCUUUCCAAUAUUAGGUCAAUGUAAAACAUAAGGUAAUAAAAAUUGUUGAAAAUUG